AUGUCGAGAGGAGCGCCGCGCGGACGGGGCGGCUUCGGAGGAGGUUUUGGCGGAGGUCGUGGAGGAGGUGGUCGAGGCGGCCGCGGCGGCUUCGGACAGCGAGACUUCGGCCCGCCGGACCAGAUCCUAGAGAUGGGCAGCUUCCUGCACGCGUGCGAGGGGGAAAUGGUAUGCGAGAGCAUCAACCCCAAGGUGCCGCACUUCAACGCGCAGAUCUUCCUCGAGAACAAGACCGCCGUCGGCAAGGUCGACGAGGUCCUCGGCCCCAUCAACCAGGUCUACUUCACCAUCAAGCCCACCGAGGGCAUCCAGGCUACCUCCUUCAAGCCCGGCGACAAGUUCUUCAUCGGCUCCGAGAAGCUCCUCCCCCUGGAGAAGUUCCUGCCUAAGCCUAAGCCCCCGCCUGGCGCGCCCAAGGUCAAGAAACCUAGUCGAGGCGGUGGUCGUGGUGGCUUUGGUGGCGGACGCGGUGGCCCGAUAAGAGGAGGUGGACGGGGUGGUUUUGGUGGCGGGAGAGGAGGCCCGUCGAGAGGUGGUCGCGGCGGUAGCGGCUUCGGUGGCGGUCGGGGGGGUGCUGGCCGUGGAGGUAGCGGCGGAUUCAGCCGAGGCGGCGGCGGUGGCGGCGGGUUUGGCGGUGGUGGUAGGGGACGAGGCGGUUUCAGCCGAGGAGGUCGAUUCUAA